AUGAAGCCCAGACAAGGAUAUGCAUUGGCCGCCCUGUGUGUAACGUUAGCAGCACUCUGUAUCAACGUUCUAGCUGUGGCACUACCUUUCUGGCAGAUAACAGCUGUUUCCACAGGCGACGUUGCACUAGGACUGUGGUCAACAUGUUUCCUUACCGACGGCUGGUCAGAAUGUUGGAGUCACAGCUCAGUAGAAGUAUGGUUGCUGAUAGUGAGGACGGUAAUGAUGAUGGCCUUAGUGCUCUUGGUACUGGUUGUUGUGGCCCUAUGUAUCUAUCUUCUAGACAUAUCCUGGAAGGAAAUCCUUCACGCUGUGACCGUUAUAUCACUUCUGAUGGUCGUGUUGCUAAUCAUCGUCGGCCUCUUGAUUUAUGGACUGAACUCUCCGAUGGAAUAUCCUCACGUGUCGUUUUACCUGGCACUGAUUGCUGCUAUACUCGCACUCAUUGCUGCCAUUCUACUUCUCAUCGGAUGUCAGUGUUGCAAGUGUUACCAGAGAGAGAGAAAACAAGAAAAUCUUCAUCACAUUCAAACAACAGACAGAGAGUCAAGGAUGGACACUUCGCUCGUGAUAGAACGUGAACCUACCCAGGCAUGGCCCGCAGAAGACACCAAAAUGACCAGAAGAGCUUCACAGUUUUCAUGGAAUAGCUCUGCAAAGGUACAACCGGAGAGUGCAGAACAUACAGAAUAUAUAAGAACUGCUUCUCAAAUAUCGCGGCCACGAUCAACUCCAGUCACAAUGUUCCACGAAGAGAAAGAUGACAAGGGCUGUAAGUGUUGCAGGUUUUGUUGCUGGUUUACAUAUUGUAAGUGCUGUCAUUGUGAAAAGAGAGAGCGACAUGUAGAGACGAAAAGUACGCUCGAAAAUACAACGUGUACGUAUUGUUCACAUACGCGCCCAAUAGGUAUUGACAAAUCUACUUCGAGCACCUCACUACAACAGGACGUAAUAGCGACACCUAAUACUUUGUUACAGUAUGAAUCUCGGCAACAGACAAACAUAAAACAAAUUAAUGGUAAUAACCAUGGAAACGCACAUCAUGUGAUGAUGGGAGUCAACUAUCAAAGUCGAACGCCAGUAAAGAAUAUGUCCACGUGUAUGACACCGGAACAUGAAAAGGGCGAGCGAAACCGGAAAUGGAAUCACCACAAGACUUCCUUAAUACACUGCGGCCGAGUUGUAAAAGCCAUUGCCUUCGAUGCACACCUGGGUCCUCACGCACCCUGUCCAUUUUCUGUGUAUUGUUGUCGCUGUAAACAUACGAUACAAGCUAAGACAUUGCUAAAUAAUAUACGAAACGACCAUGUGAUUGCUGGGGACACAAACUUGUGUGCUCGCAAAACGAAAAAUAAUAUACAAAAACUAGUCACCAAAGACAAAUCAAAAGACAAACCGGCAAAUGCCAGUAGGAGCAGUAUUGAAAACGAUACAAAACCGAAAGGGAAGCCGAAAACAAGAGAAACACAGAAUGAUAAAGUUGAAAAGCAAGCCUUUGAGAAGCCAGUGACUUCUAAGGAUAUGGAACAGAAAAAACCUGGAGAGACAUACAUCCUCAAGGCAAAAAACAACAAAAGAAACCAAGGAUUCUCAGUUACAAUGAAAACCAAGUUGAAAAUAAAACGGCUGUCUCAAAGAGACCAAAAUCGGAAGCAGACGCCUCUUCGAAUGCCUCUGCAUUGCCUGGAGAUACUUCAAAACCUAAAACUAAAAAGAAACACAAAUGGGUGCCACCAAAGUGGAAAAGUCACUUCUAGGAAUUGA